AUGGACAACUGCCACAUGCUAUCAAUAAUAAUUGAACAAAAGAUGUGCCCAGAUGAUUGGAAUGUGUGGUCAAGAGAUUUAGAAAGAGAGCGAAAACCAGCCAAUGCUGAAUGCCUUGAUGAUGUGGAUGACGAGCGAGAUGAAGUCACACAUGCGUGCGACAUCUCCAGUUAGAAGUGGUUUAACAAAUCGACGCAAAAUCAAUCACUUGCAUGGCGAAAUCGAAGGCGGUAAUAAGAGCAGAAACAAGUGUUGGCUGUGCAACAACUGAAGUCAUUGGCCAGACCAGUGUCAGAAGCUUGCAACAAUGAGAGCAACUCCUAGUGGCAAAAGAGAAUCACGUUUGUUUCAGCUGCUUAAAGAAAGUGGGUCAAGAUGAUUGGCAAGCAAACUGCAGUUGGCAAAAGCAGUGCAACAAAGUUGAGAACGGAAGCCAGUGUACCUUCAGCCACAAUCCUUUGCUACAUAAAUCGAGUGCAGUGGGUGUCACUUUAGCAUCUGUUACCAGCCAGAAAGAUUCCAUGUUGCCAGUGAUUGCGGCAAACAUCUGCGGUCCAAACGGGUUGCACAAGCGUGGGAACGUCCUUCUGGAUUCAGGAGCGCAGAUAAGUUUAAUACAGAGCGAAACAGCAGACAGUCUCGGACUCAAAGGGAGAGACAUCUCAGUGAACAUAAUCAAAGUAGGUGGAGAAGAGGAAUGA